UGUCAGACUGUGGCCCUCCCUUCCCUUGUCCCCGGGCUCCUUCCUCCUUCUCCUGGCUCUGGACUCAGGGGGUGGCUGCAGGAAGAAAGCAGGGAGGGAGAGAGAGAGAGAGAGACCGGGAGACGGGCUUCCCCCGCCGGGAGAGCCAUGUUCAGCAAACUGACGGCGCUGCUGCAGCAGGCUGUGGACACGGAGGAAGAGCCCAUUCAGCUUCUGGACUCCUUUAUAAGCCACUGGAAAGGCAUAACCAACUAUUACAUUGUCACGACAGAUGAAACACUCCCAGUCAAACAGACGGAUAUUCCCUGGCGCCUGAGGCAGAUGGUGGACAUUCUUGUUUAUGAGGAGAAGCAGAUGGAAAGAGGCGAGACGGGGCCGUGUAUGGAGUAUCUCUUACAGCACAAGAUACUGGAGACUCUCUGCACACUGGCCAAGGCUGGGUAUCCCCCUGGCAUGAAACAGCAAGUGCUACUCCUCAUCACCAAACUGUUGGGGCAGAUUCAGCAGCCAAUGCUGCCUCAUAUCAAUGUGCACCGUCCUGUGCAGAAGUUAAUUCGUUUGUGUGGCAAGGACCUUGGAUCCAAAACGGAAAAGGAGGAAGUGCAGUUUCUUACCACGGUCUGUGCGAAACUCAGCCAGGAUCCCUACUUGAUCAACUUCUUCAUUGAGAAAAAGGAUUCUGCUGAUUCCAGAAAAUUGCAGCCCUGCUCCUUUGAGAAAAGCGAAGGUCAGCCAAAGGACGCUGUCAGGACAUCCAGCUUGGCCGCAGGGGUUACACCGUCACCCUCUGACCGAUCUCCUGUGACAAAUGCACCUUCCACGCACCUCAGUCCUCAAGGGAUGGAUGCUCAGCCUGACAAAAGCCUGGUUAAUGCCCUACUGACCCUGACUGCAAGUGAGAAAAAUCAACUGGCAUUGAAGGCCUGUGAAGGCUUGCUCCUGUUGGCCACGUUACCAGAGGAAGGGGCAGCAUGGUACAUGGUGGAAAGCACAGCGCUGUGUCAGACACUGGCUGAUAGGCUGUCAGACCUUUACAGGCUGAUACCGGACUCUGUUGACCCUGGACAAGUUGAAUCGCUCGGAAGAGUCAAUUGGCGGUCACACUAUGCUACAAGUAAUGUGAAAGAUGCAGAGUCAUUUCCAGGCAAAAAGGCUGUGGCAUCUUUCUUCUCGUGGCUGGACUAUUGUAAUCAGCUGGUAAAGGAAGCCCAUAAGGUAACUGCAGCUGCGAUGGCCCAGGAAAUCAGAAGACGUUUCUUUGUUCCAGUCUUGGAGCCACAACUAUUGCAGGUGUCUGAGAUGGGGAUUCUCUUAUCCACUGCAAUGCUUAUGGGGGUCGUGAUGCAUACCACAGCGUCCCGGUUGCUGGAUGAACUUGUUUUGUUUUUGCUGGGAGAUGAGAGAGAGGCGGAGGUGCCUACAGAACCAGCCUGCCACAUGCUGCGCAGCCAGCUGAUAGAACGUUGCAACCACCUAUCCGAUGAGAUCAGUAUAGCCACACUGAGAUUCUUUGAACAGCUCUUACAGAAACCUCAGGAACAUAUAAUUUAUAACCUUGUGCUACGGAACUUGACGAGCCGCUGCUACAUCGGAAACAGUACCGGACAUGAGGAAAGAGCUGCAGACAACGAACAGCUGGAUGAGAUGGAAGAAUUUGAAGAAGAAGAUCCUUUCUUCACUGACAUAUACACAGGCGGCAGAUUCCCUGCUUCUGACUGGCUUGUUCCACCAGCAGCAAUGCAAAAGACAACAAAAGCUGAUGGGAAACCAGAGGUUAACAGAAUAGUCAACAGCUUUUUGUGUCUCGUUCCUGACACAGUGAAAACCUCUCACCUUGUGGCAGGCUGUGGGUACGACACAUACCUCGUGGAUGCACAUCGAAUGUUCCAGGGUUGCUGUGUCAAUGCCAAGGACUGGAAGUGGCCACAUGUCCCCAGCAAUUUGGAAAGCUGUGGCUCAGGCGGGUCAUUUUACGAAGGUCAUUUCCUGAAAGUCCUGUUUGACAGAAUGGCACAGAUCUUGGAUCAGCCUUAUGACCUGAAUUUGCAAGUCACAUCCGUGAUCUCGAAAGUAGCACUUUUCCCUCAUCCUCACCUCCAUGAGUAUUUGCUGGAUCCAUACAUUAACCUCGUCCCUAGCUGCAGGUCUCUCUUCUCUAUCAUAGUCCGGGUAAUAGGAGAUCUCAUGCAGAGAAUCCAGAGAAUCCCACAGUUUCCUUCCAAGCUGCUGUUGGUCAGAAGACAGCUGAUGGGAUUGGAACCAGAAAGUAUGGUGGAUCAUGUCACAAUUCUGAAGGGUGUCAUUGUCCUGGAAGAGUUCUGUAAGGAGUUAGCUGCAAUUUCAUUUGUUAAAUACCCAUCCGAACCAGAUUAAGACUGACUGCGUAGCUCUUUCUGAAGAGACCGGUGAAGUGGAACUGGAAUGUUUCCAGCAAACACAUUGACAACUCAUCUCUCUUCUAGUUCCCCUUUUUAUGUUCAGCUGAGUUUGAUCACCUGCUCGUGAGUUUACAACACGUUUCUUCUCAUCCUCUUCAGAAUCCGACCUUAAAUUUGAACUAUGGAAUUACCUGUUCCUCCUGUCAGCAGGACACAAUUCCGAGAUGGAGUCCUGUUAACAGGAUAAAUCACCGCUGGAACCUGAGUGUUAUGUCUGACUUGCACUUCCCUUCUCAUUCUUGUCACCUUCAGCCAUGCACUAUUUCUGCUUUCCACUUGACCAUGACUCAGGGCAUGUCAGGUACAAGGUUCUGUUGUCAUUGCUUCCAAAUAUUUAAUGGGGUGAAAGACUUUGACUUUUCUAAGGUUAACAUAGGUGUACACUUUUCAGUUGUAUGUAUGGCUGAUGACGAGUGAAUCACAUGAAUACACCUGGGGUUUUGUUGUCUUGUUGUUUGUCGAUAGAUUCAAACCAGGAGGUAAAAGUGGACAUAUUUAAAAAUGAGGUGCUUGUUUUAUUGAGAAUGAUUCCUUCGUCAGAGCAAAGAUAUGGGGAUUGGUGUAAGCUUGUCCAGUCUGUCUGGGAAAAGGACGAUGAAAAUGUUAUUUUGACAUUAAAAUGUAAAAGAUUUAAUCUUAUGCUCCUGAAUUAAAUAUUUCGGAGGUGGUGCUGCUCGAUGGUACCAAAUAGAUGGAGUGACCUAGUCAAAUUUUAUAACUUCACUGAAACAGAUUUUCUGGCUCUCGAAUCCAGUGACCGGCAGUCCCACUGGAAAUGUAAUAUCUCCUGGCACCAGAUUUCACAAUGCACGUAACUCUAAUCAGUCCAAUUUACAACUAACAAAUUAAAACUGUAGAGAGGGACAAAAAUAACUCCAGUGAGAGUGACAUUCUGAAAACAAAUAGACUCGAUACACCUUCUGCACAGCAACAACAUACUAAUUUACCAGCUAGCAGGAGUGUGGUAGCUUUCAGUCCUCAUUCACCUCAGACACUCUGGACAUAGCACAAAGAGGCACUGCUUCUCUGCAACAAGCACUGCCAGCAUCAUUGAGUGAGUGAUUAGGGAGUACCAUUUACAGGAUGGCACGUGCUGACUUGAAGGCUGCCAUCUCCUCGGGCGUCCUCAAGUACUGCUCAAUUUCACUGUCAGAUAUCUCCUCCUCUCCCGUGGUUGGCUCAGUGUGGAGGGUGGUCUCUGCUUCUGGGCAUGCCUUCUUCCAUUUCCUUUGUUUGAGACAUGGCGGGAGGAAGAUUGGCAUUGUGCGCUUCCGCCUUGACGUAUCUGGGUGCUCCACAAGGGAGGGUACCAUCUCCCCACUACCGUUCCCAGCCUCAGCCUCCCCACUCGUUUCUAUUCCUUCACUUGGGUCUGUCUGCCCAUCUGUGUUCUUUGUACUCGCGAGACUUAGCGUUUGCCUGAGUAACAGGGUACGGUGGCGGAGAAUAUCAUCGGUAUAUUUCACCACAGUCUUGGCAUCAAGCUGCUGUGGGACCAGCCAGGCCAGUUGUGAUGCCAACGUGACUAGAAUGUCAAGCAUUUCCUUCACCCGCUGAGAGGCAGGUGGGGGCUGCCUGACUCCGGCCAACUUGCAGAACUUUCCCAGGCUGCACUUCAGACGGUGUCCAGGUAGCAGUGACUGCCAGGCCAGGUAAGCAGCUGCCGUGAUAAUAGGCACUGGGUGUCUCCCAGUCACUAGCCAUGUCUCACUGGCCAACUCCACAAGCUGCAUGGCACGUUCCACCACCUUGUCUUUAUUCUCCAGAAACUGAGAUGGGAUUGAUGCAGAAUUCUGGAACAAAUUAAAACUGCAGAGAGGGACAAAAACAAAAAACCUACAAUUAGAGUGACAUUCAGAAGAAAAAUAGACUGGAUACACUUACGUACAGCAAUAACAUACUCUGUUUUCCAGAUUUCGUUACAGCUGAAUUUCAGAGGGGAGAAUGACUGUCCCCAACAUCAAGAAGCCCUAACAAAACUCACCAGAACAUUAUCAUAAGGAGCUGGUUGGAGUUUGAGCUUGCACAAAACAAGAUUAGCUCUGGCUAAUUGCAGGCCCACCAUUUCAGGCCCACCAACCACAGGGUAGUGUCAAAAACUCAACCACCUUAAAAUGCUUCAUCCACAAUUUUGAUUCCAUCAUAAGGUUAGGAGUGGAAUGUUCACUGUUGAUGACUUAGUAACAUUCCAAACUCCUCAGAUACUGAAGCAGUCCAUCUCCAGAUGCAGCAAGUCCUGGACAAAAUCCAGGUUCAGGCUAAUAUGUGGCAGGUAAUAUUAGCAUUGAUGGGUAAUGAUCAUGUCAAACAAGUGAAAAUCGAACCAGCACCCAUUAGCAUUCAAUUAUAUCACCAUCACUAAAUCCCACACUGGUCAACAGAAUACCCAGGAUGUUGAUAUACACAUUGGACUUGCUUAAUAAAUACUGGGGCUGCAGAGGUUAGGCAUUCUGCAGUGAGAAUCCUAAAUGAGAUGGAAAAGUCCACACUUGGUCUGGUUGGGCGAAGCUCCAACAAUAUUCAAUAAACUUAACAGGAUCAACAAGGAAGCAGCCCACUUGAUUGGUACCACAUCCACAAACAUUCACCCACUCCAGCACUGACACUCAGGAGCAGCAGUGGACACCAUCCACAAGAUGCACUAAAGAAAUUCAGCAAAGAUCCUGACAGUGCCUUUCAAACUACCAACCACUUCCAUGUAGAAGGACAAAAACAACAGAUACACAGAACACCACCACCUGCAAGUUCCCUUCCAAGCCACUCACCAUCCUGACUUGGAAAUAUAUUGCCGCUUCUUCAUUGUAGCGUGGUCAAAACCCUUGAUUUUCCUCUCUUGCCGCAUUGUGGUUCAAGAAGGCAACUCACCACCACUUCUCAAGGGCAACAAGGGAUGAGACUAGUACUUUGAUGAAAGGACUGUACAUGGUUACUGAUAAUACAUUGACGUGGGCUGGGAACUGACUUGCCAGAAAAAGCAAGACAGAUCUCAAUUGGUUGGGAGACUGGUCACCAGGAUCAGCCCUGAAACGAUUGCUCUCUCCAGUUUUUAUUAACGAAGUGUAAAUUUGCUGACAAAUGAAAAUCUUUGCGUAUUCAUUGAUGGGAGGAGAGCUUCACUGGUUGGUUCAGCAUUUAUUACCCAGAGGGAGGAUAAGAAUCAACCACGUUGCUCUGAGUUUUGAAGUCACUUGUAGGAAGGACAUUGGUGGACCAAGUGGGGUGUUUUCCUGAUAUUGAUAACAGAUUUAUGAUUAUCAUACUCUUAAUUCCAGAUCUUCAUUGAAUUUAUAAUUCACCAUCUCCCAUGGCGGGAUUUGGACCUGGGUCCCCAGACCAUUACCCAGCCAUUCGGCAAUGUGUAUUUGAAAUGUAUAGAGUUAUGCUUGAUACACAUCACACACAUCAUUCAAGAGAACAGCAUCAAAGACAAUGUAUGAAGAAAGGAAAUCUGGGUUCACAUUGUGGACAUCUCUAAAGGUAGAUAUAAAUAAUAGCUAGGGAACCUGAGUUUAAGGUGCAUUCAUCAGGUCUCAAAGACAAAAGUAUUUUACCCAUCGGCAAGACCUCUAAGAUCUUGUUUGGAAUCCUGCAAAUACCUAUUGUUGUUUUGGCCUCCUCACAUUCGAAGUCAUUUGGAGACUUUGGAGGUCAAUUCACCAGUUUCCUAGUUUAAAACAUUCUAGUUAUUAAGAGUUGAUUGUCGACACUUCACACAAGUUAUAGACGAAGGGAUAAUUAAAUCCAAAUUUAUCAAGAUCCCGCAGGUGAUUUUUAUUUAUUUCAUUAAUUUUGAAUUGAGAAAUGGAAAUGACUUUGAAACAGCUUAGAGUUAAAAGAACGAACAAGUUUGUUUCUUUACAAGGUUUGAACUUACGCAUCGAUCCCAGGGAAGAGUUUUGUGUUUGAAAAGAAAGAGGUUGGCUAUUAAGUGAGGUCAGUACCUGAGAAUUGGUUCUGGCAAGUCUGGAGGAGAUCCUGUGUACAAACAGCUGGGCAGUUGUUCAAUAGUAAUUGAGGCCUCAGGAAGUGUCAUUCAGUCUGUCAGGAUGGAGCUAGAAAUAAAGUUUUCUUUUAAUCUAUGUUUUCUGAAACAGCAUGAAGAUUUUACAUGCUUCCUGUCUAACCUAUUGAACCAGCUUCAGGAAGCCCAAAGAGUGGAGAGUUGACUAAGAAGUAUCGCUUCCUGUGCCUUGCUGAACUGAUAAAGUGAUCCUGAUCAACAUUUCAGAAAAAUCAACUACUGGGUGCACAUUUAUGCCAGUGAAACAAUGCCAUUGAAAUGAUCUGAUCAGUUUUGUUUGUUUUAUAAUGUAUCCCUUCACUGUUCAUUUGUCUGUCUUCACUGUAAAUGGGAUUAAAAAAAAGUUUG